AUGUUCCAGCUAGAAUCGGAGGCUCAAUCCAUGCGCUCGAGUCCACCGCAAGUGGUCGAGAGAGCCGAUCCAGCAGCGGUGGCCGAAGUCAUGCGACUGCGCGACAAGGUAGCUGCUAGGGACGAACAGGCCAGACGAGCACAAAGAGCUGCUGCCGAAGCUCAAGAGGCGGUGGGCAGGGAAUCGGCGAUCAACCAGGGUUUCCAGCGAGAUGUCGACAAUGCGCGGCAUCGCCUUCUCACCGUCCAGGGCUCCCUCGCUGAGCUGUCAGAAGAAAAUGCGGGGCUGAGGCGAGAGCUCGAGAGCGAGAGGAUCAAGACUGUCUCCGGCUCACGGCGCUUGGCGGAUGCCGUCGAACGCCAGGACAAUGCUCUCGCGGAAGUCCGCCGUGAUUCGGCGCAACUAAGGGAGCAACGUGACAGGCGAGAUUCGGCAAUGCUCGGUAUCAAGCUCCACCAGUUGAGAAAAAAGCAGGCAGCAGGUCGCCUCCUUCACGCGUUGGACCUAGCAAGGCAUCGCUCGCUGGCCACGGCCUUACGAGCCUUGGUAGUUCGGGUCACGAACGACAUCCACCUGAAAAAGGGGGCAGAGACCCGGUGCAGGGACGCCCGACGCCGCCUUGACGCUCUUCGAGACACUCGGGAGACCGUAUCCCGGCUGACUGUCAAGGCCUGUUGGCGACGUCAUCAAGGUAUGGUCAUUGCGGGCGCUGCCGCGGAAGAGGAGAAACCAGGCGGUGACGCCUCGGCCCUUGUGGUGCGGUGGUGCUUUUGGGGCUGGGCAAGAGUCGCGCAAGGCGGGUGUACGGUCGUGGCAAAGAAGGCUCGGAGGGUGGAAGCGGAGAAAGAGCUGACCGGAGCCAGGGAGCUGUUGUUGGCUGCUGAUGAGAACGCCCGACGCGCCGAGGCUGAGCACAAUCAACACCUGGCAACGGUGGGAGCCCUGGCGGAACAGAUCAAGCAGCGCACAGCUGAACUGGAAGUCGCGCGCACUGCUCUAGACGCCGCCAAAAGCACGGCGUCUUCGGCUAGGGGCCGCUGCAUCCGCCUAGGUGCGGCACGCGUGCUCAAAGUCUUGGCACGGAAUCGGCGCGACCGUCUUGCGCAGACCUUUUCUUGCUGGGUUGAUGCUGGACGCGUGUUCCCCGUUGUCCCAUCAAACGAAGAGGUCAUCGCCUCCCUUGGUCCACAACAAGGCCGAAGAGCCGUCUCCGAGACAUGUGCAGGACACAGGCAAGGGCUGGCACAACAACAAGGAGAUGCUCCAGCAGAGUCACGUGAUGGUUUUGGACCGCCAAAAGCCGACAGCACGACUCAUCUUUGUGCUCUGUCAACCACUACUUCGGGCGGGAGGGGUGCACAGGGAGGGGCACACACGGCAGAUAUGGGCGAAGACAAGGGGUUCGUCGUGGCGUCGACAGAGGACGAAGGAGGCGGGGCUUAUCUCGAUGCGCUGCCCUCUGUCGCGGCGAGCAAUGACCCGUCAAGAGACAACAGCAGAGAUGCUCACACCAAUGGCGUCAACGGUACGAUGGCAAGCAACGGAAACACACCGGCACCACUCGAUAUCAGCUCGAUUCCUUCGACCCCGGUGGCUGCUUCACACAAACGACCAAGCAACCAACACCAGGGCACACCAAGGUGUAGCUCCCUUUUCGUUGGCGGUUAUCCUUCUCCUGGUAGACGAUCCACCACGUCGCUCAGCACCGCUUCCAGCAAACCAGCUGCAGCCAAGUCUAACAUCAGCGGUGCUUCCAAUCCCGUCCCGGUCCCUGGUGGCAGCGGCUGGUCCGCGAACCCAGACCUCCCUCGCCUGGUGCUAUCCUUGCGGGCAGCGGUCGGGGAGGAGCUUUAUGCCGUCGGCGAGCGUCUCCUACGGUGCGUCGAGGCCGACCACCGCGAGAUCCACGGCAAGUUGUACCAUCCGGUCCCGAUUACGCCGGCCGAACGCGAGCAGUUCCAUGUUUGCCUAGAGGAUGCCGCUCGGGGGCGACUGAGGCGUGCGGUCUUGACCUUCUUGCGAGUGCAGGAAUCGCACCGCGCUGCUGCCGUCGAGAAGGACCGUGGCAAUGUAGAGAAGACCCGACAAGGGCGACGAGUCAGGAUGAACGGUUGGACAUGUGGUGGUGGUGGCUGCGGUGGUAAUGGUGGCGGAUGCCUGCGUGGCGCGAGGCCAAAGAGCGCGCGAAACGCCGAGGAGGGACAAGAUGAAAUCUCUUCCUUGACCACUGGUCCCUUGUCAACUCCUUCGGAAAAAGCGAGAGCUGCCAGAGUACUGCGAGAUCGGCUCGUUCCACUUCUAGAAAACGCUGCCGACGCGUGGGGCCGCCAUCGCCAGCCAUGGCAAAAUAUGCCUCGCGCCGUUGGGAGGAGAGCAGCAACAGAGAGCGAUACAAGUCGCUUUCAGCGGAGAACAACGGUCUCAACGAGGCAGCAAAACAACCCUCAUCGCCUCCGGAGAGGCAACGGUGAUGAGACGGGACUGUCGUCUCCUCGUCGUGGGAGGUUGUGCUGUCUAGACUCGGGGGCAGGGCCUCGGAAAUUCUGGGAGACUGUGGCGGGCCCUAGGCUUGUCGAGGCCAGUUGGAACGUGGACAUUAAGGCGCUGGAACAACAACUGUGGGAUCUCGCGAUGCUCGUGAGGGGGCCAGAUCUACGAGGCCAUUGCGAGCGUCACCAAGGGUUGGCGCUAAACCGAUGCGAGCUACUUCGAAGGACCCUCGAUGUACGCGUCUUCGAGGUGCUGCUGUUGUACAUGCGGACCCGACUGAUCUGGGACGGCAUCGACAACGAUGAUGAUGACAAUGACCACGACGGGAAUGGGGGUGGUGGCGACUUCUACAACAACGACAGUGCCCGGCUCGACGUCGAUGCUGGUCUAAAGUAGUGGUGAUCAGCACUCGGCAAUAAUGAAUGUUGGUUGCCGUUUGUUGUAGACCGAAAGCUGAGGAGACGAUCUCGAACAACGUUGUUGGGUGAAUUAGGCAAGCAAGGUUGCUCUCAUCAAGUGCGACACUAGACUAGAGCAAUAAAAUAUUUCGCACUACUGCUUGAAUGGACCGCGUCUGUCUACAGGUUGUAGGCGCUGUCGAAUACGCGUCAUAAUGUUUGAUAUUAUCAGACCAUCUUACCCACCCGCGGGGGAGCUUGACAAGUCCAAAAUACAGCAGUACAACAAGUUGUAGAGCAAACGCCGAUCAUGAUGGCGACAUUCUGCUCGCCUCUGCUUCCGGCAAUUAAAUGAAAGUCUAGAGAGGAGACUCGAUUGAGAUUGAAAGGAAUCUGCGCUAUGUUCUGUGUACGAGUGUGUAUCCGCGAUAUUGCCCACACGAUUCAAUAUCGAAAGAAUACUGCCGCGCUUGCACCACCAUCAGCGAGCCAACAACCCCUCGCGAAAAUACCGAGGGGGGAGGGGGAGAGUGCCGUCUCUCCACUCGCCACAAUCAACAAAACCGAACCUUUGCAAAAUGGUCGCCUAUGUGUACUUUAGUACGUGUGUGUGCGGUUCGCUUUAUGGUGUGUGCUUGGAUCAUGGUGCCUCGUGGCGCUAUAUGCAUGUGAGAAAAACAACAGAACACAGGACUCGCGUCUCACGAAUCGUUCUUUUUUUUUUUUUCGCGUGUUGUGUUGAAUUGUCGAGCGAGUGUGGAGUUGUUGUUGUUGUUGUUGUUGUUGUUUCUCACAUUAGCUCUGGAUAGGCAGGGUAUAUGGAUGGGCGUCACGGCGAGAAGGUAUAGCCGGGAUCGAGAAGAGAGCACAUAUGUCGUGAUGAUGGACAUCGUCCUUUCUCGCACACCCGCAAAACCCACACCCACAGCCCGCCGCAAGACGGAAGUGCGAGGGGAUGCAUGAUGGAUAGUGUCAAAUAAGGAUGCUGCAUGUCCCAGCGGCAAAGAGCCGAUCACGGAAACGGGGAGGUUACGCCGCAUUUCACCCUUUCCUGGCACACAGCGACGUGUGACUUAUGGCCGUCAACCGGAGGAAAUAGACGCGGAAGUUGGACGGUCCAUCUCUCCAAGAUAGCUGGGCGGGGUUCGGCUGAAGUGCUUGGUGACUACCGUCCGGAGUUGGUUUCUUU